AUGACCAUAGAUCAAUCUACUCUAUAUUAUGUAUUGUCUGUAAAUGGUACAAUAAACACAAAUCUUACGAUCAUUAAUUUAAUUUAUAAUAAGUGUACAUCAUUAAAUCUUAGUUUUAUUUAUUAUAUACAUAUCUUUUCAUAUACAAAAUCAUAUUUCCUCACAAAUCAUAAAGCGCACAACCGCAAUUACUUUAAAAACGAGUUGGGCUACUGUGAACCUUUAACGGUGGAAUUUAUAGCGGGUCUAGUAACAAAAGAGGCUCGUCAAUUACUGGAUCCCCGUUUGCGGCCACGUCAUAAAGACUUACGUUUUGAUUUGUAUACACGAAAAAAUCCAUAUGAAAAACAAAUGUUAUACACCGGCCAACAGGAUUCAAUAUUAAAAUCCAAUUUUAAUGCUAAGUGGCCUACAAGAAUUUCCUUUCACGGUUGGAAUGGUCAAACAAAAACAUGCUCCAGUGCUGCCAUUAAAGAUGCAUAUUUAGCAAAAGGAGAUUUUAAUGUCAUACUCGUCGAUUGGAGUGAUUAUUCUUUGAACAUUAACUACGUGCGAGUUGUAAAUGAAAUUUUUGAAAUUGCCAAACAAUUCAACGAUUUUACUCGAUUUCUGUAUGAAACCACCAAUGUACCUUUCAAAGAUAUGUACUUAAUUGGUCAUAGUUAUGGUAGCCAUAUAGCGGGUAUAGCUGGCAAACUACUGAAACCAGAAAAAUAUGGUGUUAUAUAUGCUCUGGAUACAGCUGGACCUAUACAUUCCGUGCUCAAUGAAAAUUGGCGUUUGACAGCCUCAGAUGCCAUUUAUGUGGAAUCUAUACAAAGUGAUACUGGACUUUUUGGUUUUCGCAGUGCUAAUUUAGGUCAUGCCUCCUUCUUUCCCAACUGGGGUCUGGGUCAACCUCAUUGUCCGAAUGUAACCGUAAUGGAACCAGAUUUUACUUGUGAUCAUUUUGGUGCCCUGUAUUAUUUUGUUGAAUCAAUACGUCGUGAUAGAGCAUUUGGCGCCAUACAAUGUAAGAGUUAUGAAAGUAUUAUUAAUCAGAAAUGUAAUUGUGGUGCAGAUAAUAAAUAUUGUCCGGCUCAAGUGUAUAUGGGUGGAGAACCGGCUCAACCGAAGAGAGGUAUUUACUAUUUGAGUACACGUAAAGUGAGACCAUUUGGUUAUGGUGAUGUGUGUCGGAUAAAAAAGGCCAUACAGCCAACGAUUGUUAGAAUAACAAAUUAGUUAUUAAGUUAUGUAAGAAAUAUAAUUCUACUUUUAGGCUAUAAUGGAGAUCUCUUUUAAGAUAAUAAUUCUGAAUUAAAUGAAAUACUAUAAUAAUAAUAAUUUAAUUAUAUAUUAAUACAGAAAAAUUUGAUAAAUGUU